CGCCACCAUCUUGGAUCGGCUGGGCCCCGGUGUCGGGUGGGGGCGGCGGGAGGAGGAAGGAAGGUGGGCCGGGUCGAGCUGCUCCGGUCCGGUCCCGGCCCCGGCCUCGCCUCCCUCUCCGGCUCCGCCGCGGGCCCACGAUGCCGCAGUUCCAGACCUGGGAGGAGUUCAGCCGCGCGGCCGAGAAGCUCUACCUCGCCGACCCUAUGAAGGCACGUGUGGUUCUCAAAUAUAGGCAUUCUGACGGGAGCUUGUGUAUGAAAGUAACAGAUGAUUUAGUUUGUCUGGUGUAUAGAACGGACCAAGCUCAAGAUGUAAAGAAGAUUGAGAAAUUCCACAGUCAACUGAUGCGACUCAUGGUCGCCAAGGAGUCCCGCAGUGUUGCCAUGGAAACGGACUGACUGUUUUGCGAUGAAGACUGUUUGCCAUGUUCUUGGGAAAUAAAUAUCUUUUGAAUCUGAGGCAGAGCUGGGACAGAAGAUCCUUACUGUAACGAAGCGGGCUAUUCAGAAGCCGAGACCUUUUUUUUUUUUUUUUUUACUUUGCUAGGAAUGCAAAUGUUUUCCGCGAGAAAGCCUUUAUUUAUUUUUGGAAAUGGAACGAGAAAUGUGUCUAUCUAGGAAACGUUCUGUAGAUUAUUUGCUGCUGGGGAAAAUAUGUAAUUAUUUCUUUCAGUAAGUUUGUAGCAAUAAUUUGAAAAUGAGAUACCAGGAAAAGCCUAUUCUUAAGUUAAGUUGAUUUGUUUUUAGAAAAAUUAAACGUAACCAUUUUGCUGGGUUGAUCAUUUCUUUGGGGGCGUAACAUUUGUGCAGUUGAUGGCCAACAAAUACAAAAUAUGGUAACUAGAAUUAACUACACAGCAGUAUACUGAUUAUGUACAGUAUAGUUUAGUCUCAGUUGUAUCUACAAGUAAUUAUGAAAACAAGUAUGCUUUAUCUUGAACUUUCCAAAUUUAAACUAUUUUUGAAUAUAAGGCAUUGUUAGUAUUAGAAGCUUGUAAAGCAAACUUUGAGUCUAGUUUUCAGCGCUUACGGUACAACAUGAACAGAAUGGCCACUGAUGGACUGAAGCCACCACAUUACAAGGUAUCUGUCACAUCUUUCCCACUGGAGCUUCCCAGAAGGGUUAAGGAUUAUGCGAACUGUUAACUCUUUGCGUACCUCUUCCAUACCCCUGCUCAUUCCUCUCAUGACUUAACCAACCGUUAUGCUUCCAUUAAGCCAGAAGAAUAUUAUUGGAUAUUUAUCUUCUAUCUGUACCCUGAAUUUCACCAACUAAUGUAAUGUCAUAUAUUGAUUCCUACAUUAAAAUAUUUUUUGUUAAGAAUUUGUGGUGUUGAGCAUUUUAAUAUGGAAAGUUCUAUGAGCCAUAUGAAUUUUGACAUGUUUCAAAGAGGUCAGUGAAUAAAAUAUGUGACUA